CAUUGCACAGUCUGGGAUUUAAUACGAAAGUAGCAUGAUGGCCGUCAUGUUGUUAUGACAAGGGAUACGUCAAAUUUGUAUAGUUUCUUCCAACUAAACUGGACCGGCUGCUAUCGUAUCUUCCGAUUCAAUUUCGGUAGUUAAAAAUCGUUUUUGUGACUUUCAUGUACACACAGACAAUAAAAAUGCCGGUCCAGAAGGAUUCGAACAUUGUAAAAAUCGCCGUGAAGAUGACGGAUCAAGUGCCGCAACUUAUUGAAUUUAAUCAAAAGCAUCCACUGACCGGAAUCAUUCAGGAAUUAUGCAAUGGGUGGGGUCUGUCCGAUCCUGAAACAUACUCGUUACAAUUUACUGAAAGUAAUCAAAACUAUAUCACAGAAAAAAAUCGUAAUGAAGUGAAGAAUGGCAGUAUUCUAAAAUUGGAGUUCUCUCCUUCCAAAACAGCUAGCGAUAUUUUAACAAAGCUUAACAAUGGAACUGUAGAAGAGAAAAAUGUAGCUUUACAAAAGUUAAGCACACUCAGCACUGAUAUGACAUUUGCGCUAGAAUUUAUUAAUAAGAAAGGUCUAGCUUUGAUCAUAUCACAGGUGGAAGGAGAGAAAUAUAAGGGUAGUGCACUCGCAUAUUCCCUUCAAUCGUUCGUUGAACUCAUGGAUCAUGGAAUUGUCUCAUGGGAUAUCCUAGAGACACCUUUUAUCAAUAAAGUAGCAAGCUAUGUAAACAAUCAGACUACAACUCAAGAUACCAGUAUUGUUAAAGCUUCUCUUAGUAUCCUCGAAAAUAUAGUACUCAAUUCUUCAGGAAAGUAUGCACAAGUUGAAAAAGAAGUAGCAUUCCAAAACUUAGUAAUGCAUUUGCAAAGUAUGAGUCCACAGAUACAACAGAAUGCAAUAGCCUUAAUAAAUGCCUUGUUCUUGAAGGCUGAUUUAUCCAAACGCAGACAAGUUGCUGCAGUUCUUCAGUCGAAGCAAGUUAGAAAUAUUUUUUUAACAAACAUCAUUGCUGAAUCCACUUGCCAGGUUGGUGCUGAAAUGGCACAUCAGCUGUAUGUAUUGCAAACAUUAAUGUUAAGUUUAUGGGAACAACGAAUGAUGACAAAAAUGGAUCCCCAAGAUCAAGAUGCACAUGAUAAAAUUAAAGAACUUAGAAAAAUCGCUUUCGACACUGAGGGAGCACUCAGUGGAGACGUGAAUGCUCGUAAGCAGGGCUUAUAUGCCAAAGAUUAUAAGAAAUUGGGCUUUAAGUAUGAUAUUAACCCGGCUCUGGAUUUUAAUGAAACUCCUCCUGGAAUGCUUGCUCUAGAUUGCAUGGUCUAUUUCGCACGCAAUCACACCGAAGCUUAUACUAAAGUUGUUCUAGAGAAUUCUUGCAGAGCAGAUGAACACGAAUGUCCAUUCGGUAGGACGAGCGUGGAGUUAGUUAAAUUACUCUGCGAGGUUUUACGUAUUGGAGAAGCUCCUAGUGAACAGGGUCAAUCGUAUCAUUCCAUGUUCUUUACUCACGAUCAUCCAUUUGAAGAGUUCUAUUGCGUGUGCAUAGUUCUUUUGAACAAAACGUGGAAAGAGAUGAGAGCUACUACCGAAGAUUUUGUUAAAGUAUUUUCUGUUGUGAGGGAACAAAUCACUAGAGCGCUUCAGAGCAAGCCCACAGGAUUGGAUAAAUUCAAGAAUGAGCUGCAACAAUUGACAUAUUCGACGAUAACUAAUCUUUGGCAUCAAGAAAGAACUACCAGGGAGGAAGGUGAGAGUCAUGCAAGACCAAUAGUUGAACUGAGAGAACAAAUUACACCAGAAAUUCUAGAACUCAUUCAACAGCAGCGCUUAGGUUUCUUAGUAGAAGGUACUAGAUUUAUGAAGUAUGGUGCCAGAGGACAGAGAAUCAAAGAUAAAUUUUGGUAUGUCCGAUUAUCGCCCAAUCAUAAAGUAUUUCAUUAUGGAGAUUGCGAUGAAAAGUCUGUACCGACAAUCGACGAGUUGCCCACAAAAUUAGCUGUCGUUGAAGUCCGUAGUUUACUCACUGGAAGAGAUUGUCCCCAUAUGAAAGAUGUACAACGACGGAAAAACACGCACCAGCUAGCUUUUUCUUUAAUCUUGGAUUCCGUGGAUGUUGCUAGUUUAGACUUUGUUGCUCCAGAUGAACAAGUAUUCGAUUACUGGACUGAUGGCAUUAAUGCUUUACUGGGCAAGAAAAUGACCAGUAAAGAGGCAGACAAUGAUUUGGAAACAUUAUUAUCCAUGGAUAUUAAGUUGAGACUUCUAGAUGCAGAAGGUAUCGAUAUUCCUCAAGAUCCGCCUGCUAUUCCCGAUCCACCGCCAAAUUACGACUUCUGUUAUGAACUUAAGUGAAAACUUUUCCUCAUGUUUUAAUAAUUUAAUUUUAACGAUUUGAUGCAAGCCUAUCUAGGCUCGAGUAUCUGCCAUAAUUAAGACUACAGUCACAAUUUUUAUACAGUUAAUGAAUUUUAGUAUUUUUUACUGACAUUGUGACUGUACUGUACACACGGUUUUCGUAUUAUAUUGAACCGUGUUAGUAUUAUAGUUAAAUUAUACAAGGAAACGCAGUGCAUUUUGCCAAAGAUAUAUUUUACAUUUUACAUAUACAAAUUCUAUAAAAAUCUUUUAAAAUUAUUUGUAUAUACGAAUUUGAUAUAAAAAGUAACACUGCUUCUUUACCAACACUUUUAAUGAUGUUAGUAUAAUUAUAAUGAAUUGUAAUGGGACACUAUUUAAAGUCACAUUUAGUAGCUCGAUCAUUUUAUAGACAUUUUGUAAAGAUUAUUAUAUACAUAUUAGAGGUGUAAUAAAUUAAAAAGUGUAAGUUAAUAAAUUAUUUAUUGAAACAUG